CACACGCACGUUCAACUUGAGGCGAUAAUCUUUAACACCUGACUCAUUCCUUAAUGCCUUUGUAUCAUCGCAACGUAUCCGAACCAACGCUUACGGCUACCGCAGCGUCUCCUCCCCCACAUUUGGAUAGUUCAUUUUCAUACUCACAAGGGAUCUCACACCCUCACUCAAUCAAUUCUGGGAGCAGCAUCAAUGAAUCACCAGCCUUAAGCUUUAAUCGGGCAGAACACCUAUCCAAAAAAGAGCUUGAAGACACAAUUAAUGCGCAUAAACAGCUUAUCGAAGCAGCGACCUUAUAUCGAGAAAAGUCGACAGAGUUAGCUGCAGCUGCGGCCGGCCUUGGCACAGCCCUUGAGAUGGUAGCAAAAGAGAAGGCUGCCUCGGAUUCAGGGAAUGGUCUUCAGGCGGCUGCCGGAUUACAAUUUUUGAUAUCAAAUCAUCACCUUUUGUUGGCAAAUUUGAUUUCAAAUGCAUUCGAAGCUCCACUUGUAGAUAAUCUUGAACGGCACAAGGCUUCUAUACUGCGGAGUCAAGAAAACUACGAUAGCGUAGUGAAGGCCAUGAAUGCAAAAAUUGGCGAGACGGAAGUACGCAGUUUAAAGAACACAAAAAGAAAGAACAGAGAUUUGCGGCAAUUUCGGCGCGUUCUGCAAGACUUGACACAACAAAUCGAUGAGCUGGAAACUGUCAAGAUUGAUUAUUCUCGAUAUGUAUUUGAGACAGAAAAAAGAAAUCACCAAUUCAUACUAAACAAAGUAUCGGGAUUAGUACGUGCCCAAGUCGAUAUUUACGAUCGAAUAUCCAGUAAAGGCUUAGGAGAGCCAACUCUAGAGCAGAUGGUGACUUCCAACCCUGAUCCAUUUUGCGUUUAUCCUACUUCAGAUGAAUCAAAGGCAAUAUUUUCUGUCUUGCCUCCACUAUCAAUAAUGGAUGCAACAUCACACUCCUUGAUUCAAAGUCCGUUGGAUUUUCAUAACAAUGCUCUAAUGGCAGUUGAUAGCCCACCAACUCCACCUCCAAAACGCGAAGAUCUAUAUUCACCUAUUAGCAACGAACAUAACGAUGCUACUCAACAAACGGAACAUAUCGAUGGUUUUAACGAACGCUCUUCACUCGAAGACAUAUCUGCACCAUUAGGCGAUAAUGAUAGUAACACCAGUGCAGGAGCUCCUGCAGGCGGCGAAUUAGAAGACGAUGAAGAUUUAAUCUUUAUUCGAACAGAUUAUUCGGAUGAAGAGAAAUGGAACCUUGUCAAAGAGAAACUCGAUCAUGAGGAUCAAUCUCUCUUUUCGCACCUUAAACUUCAGAACACACCAAUAUUCAGUGGUAGCACCAUAUCUGAAUUGUGCACAUCCCAGCAUGCCAAAUACCUUCUUAUAGCAGACGAUCGGACGAUGUUGGACCAGACACUUGCUCUUGUACGUUGCGAUGAUGAACGGAUAACAAGGCUUCAAAUUGAUGAGUUAUCAACAGUAAGGAGCAACCUUUAUAGACUAGAUUUUGAGGAGUUUGAACAAGUGGCAGCGGUGUGCGGGUAGUGAUAGUGCCUAACCACGAAAUAAAGAUCAUCCCAUGUUAACAAAUAUGGGAUUUUGCACGCUA